AUGAACACUCUGGUGUCCUGGCAGUUGGUAUUCUUCCUCUGUACCACCUCCUUCAGGGGGACAGUGGAAAAGAUGGCAACUCCGGGUUCUCCAGGUCUGCAGCUGGGCCCCCAAGCCCUGCUGACCACCAGAGAGCAGAGCCUGUGCUGUGCAGAGACCAAGUCCAGCCCUAUGCGCCCUCUGGGGUCUCCCCAGUACCCCUCCACCCACAGCCCAGAGGGGCUGAGGCGUGCCUGGCUGUGGCUGUUUGCACCCCGCAGACGCCUGAUCCCCACCCCACGGGGCACUGUGCUGGUGCAGCGUGAAAAAGAGCCCGAGGCCUAUAACAGAAACUCCUUUGGCCUGCGCUAUGGCAAGCGGCAGGCUGGAGGCAGGGGUGCACGGCGGGGCUGA